CUCCCAGCGGGGGCCUGAUGCCCUGCUCACCGUGGCACUUCGAAAGCCCCCAGGCCAGCGCACAGACGAGGAGCUGGACCUCAUCUUUGAGGAGCUGCUGCACAUCAAGGCUGUGGCCCACCUCUCCAACUCGGUGAAGCGAGAACUAGCGGCAGUUCUGCUGUUUGAACCACACAGCAAGGCGGGGACUGUGUUGUUCAGCCAGGGGGAUAAGGGCACCUCGUGGUACAUUAUCUGGAAGGGAUCUGUCAACGUGGUGACUCAUGGCAAGGGGCUGGUGACCACACUGCAUGAGGGAGAUGAUUUUGGACAGCUGGCUCUGGUGAACGAUGCUCCCCGGGCAGCCACCAUCAUCCUGCGAGAAGACAACUGUCAUUUUCUCCGUGUGGACAAGCAGGAUUUCAACCGUAUCAUUAAGGAUGUGGAAGCAAAGACCAUGAGGCUGGAAGAACAUGGCAAAGUGGUACUGGUGCUGGAGAGAACCUCUCAGGGCGCUGGCCCUUCUCGCCCCCCGACCCCAGGCAGGAACCGGUAUACGGUGAUGUCUGGUACCCCAGAGAAGAUCCUAGAACUGCUGUUGGAGGCCAUGAGACCUGAUUCCAGUGCUCAUGACCCAACAGAGACAUUCCUCAGCGACUUCCUCCUGACCCACAGUGUCUUCAUGCCCAGCGCCCAGCUCUGUGCUGCCCUCCUGCACCACUUCCAUGUGGAGCCCGCGGGAGGCAGCGAGCAGGAGCACAGCACCUAUAUCUGCAACAAGAGGCAGCAGAUCCUGCGGCUGGUCAGCCAGUGGGUGGCCCUGUAUGGCCCCAUGCUCCACACUGACUCUGUGGCCACCAGCUUUCUCCAGAAACUCUCAGACCUGGUGAGCAGGGAUGCCCGGCUCAGCAACCUGCUACGGGAGCAGUGGCCGGAGAGGCGGCGACACCACAGGUUGGAAAAUGGCUGUGGGAAUACAUCUCCUCAGAUGAAGGCCCGGAACAUGUCUGUUUGGCUCCCCGGCCAGGACGAGGCCCUCCCCAGCAGCAACUGUGCCAUCCGAGUUGGGGACAAAGUCUCCUAUGACAUCUGCCGGCCAGACCACUCAGUGCUGACCCUGCAGCUACCUGUGACAGCCUCAGUGAGAGAGGUGAUGGCAGCAUUGGCCCAGGAGGAUGGCUGGACCAAGGGGCAGGUGCUGGUGAAGGUCAACUCCGCAGGCGAUGCCAUUGGCCUGCAGCCAGAUGCCCGUGGUGUGGCCACAUCCCUGGGGCUCAACGAGCGGCUCUUUGUUGUCAACCCACAGGAAGUGCAUGAACUGACUCCACACCCUGAGCAGCUGGGGCCCACUGUGGGCUCUGCUGAGGGGCUGGACUUGGUGAGUGCCAAGGACCUGGCAGGCCAGCUGACGGACCAUGACUGGAACCUCUUCAACAGCAUCCACCAGGUAGAACUGAUCCACUAUGUGCUGGGCCCCCAGCACCUGCGGGACGUCACCACCGCCAACCUGGAGCGCUUCAUGCGCCGCUUCAAUGAGUUACAGUACUGGGUGGCCACGGAGCUGUGUCUCUGCCCCGUGCCCGGCCCGCGGGCCCAGCUGCUCAGGAAGUUCAUUAAGCUGGCGGCUCACCUCAAGGAACAAAAGAACCUUAACUCCUUCUUUGCCGUCAUGUUUGGCCUCAGCAACUCGGCCAUCAGCCGCCUGGCCCACACCUGGGAGCGGCUGCCCCACAAAGUCCGGAAGCUGUACUCGGCCCUUGAGAGGCUGCUGGACCCCUCGUGGAACCACCGAGUGUACCGACUGGCCCUCACCAAGCUCUCCCCUCCUGUCAUCCCCUUCAUGCCCCUUCUUCUCAAAGACAUGACCUUCAUCCAUGAAGGAAACCACACCCUGGUGGAGAAUCUUAUCAACUUUGAAAAGAUGAGAAUGAUGGCCAGAGCUGUGCGGAUGCUGCACCACUGCCGGAGCCAUAGCAAUGUGCCUCUUUCACCGCUCAGAAGCCGAGUCUCCCAUCUCCAUGAGGACAGCCAGGCAUCAAGAAUUUCCACAUGCUCGGAGCAGUCCCUGAGCACCCGGAGUCCAGCCAGCACCUGGGCUUAUGUCCAGCAGCUGAAGGUCAUCGACAACCAGCGGGAACUGUCCCGCCUCUCCCGGGAGCUGGAGCCGUGAGGAGGGGGCUGAAGCUGGAGCAGGCAUUUCCCGCUGGGAAAGUCAGGGCACGCCUGGGCCAAGGGGCCCACGGGCUGGCCACAGCUGGGCAGGGCUCUCCGCGGAGUGGACUCGAGGCCCUGGAGUGGGCAGCGUGGAGGCGGCCAUCCCCUGUGAUGAUUGGCCACUAAGGAGGACCUUGCAGUGGAGUGAGCUGAGGCCCAAGGCCAAGGAACGGGGGACAGAGAGGCUCUGGAGCGGGUGGGAGAGCGGAGCAGGCGCUGGGACUCUGUGUUCAAUAGAGAGCUCUCCAUACCAGGUUUUUUCCAGAUUUUGUGUCUAUGGCUUUGUUGUCCAGCCAUCUCCUGGCCCCUGCGGUUUGUUUUCACAGCGAACUGAGAGAGUGCCUGCAUGUGUGUGGCAUGUGUGUGGCAGGGUAGGGCCGGCUGUAGAGCGGGCAGGAGAGGGGAGGGGGCGGUUCUGCUUUUCUUUCCAUAGCAUGUGAGCUAAACAAACGAGUGUGGUCAGGGAUGUUUGUGUGGGAGUGGUGGUCCCCGAGAAGCCUUAUUGUUACCGUACAUUAACAGAGAUGCCUGUGUUCUGAGGCCAGUCCUGUGGGGCUGUGGCAGAGACGCCUAGGAGCUGAGGAGAAGGUGCCGUGCCUUGGGGUGGACCCAGAGAGGCUGAUGCAGCAGCCCUCCUGCUCGUGCAUGGUCUCUGGGACCCGACCCAGGCAAGGCUCCGGGAUGGCUGGUGGCUGUCCAAUCUAACCUCUCUGGCCACAGUACCUGCUAGAGCCUGGAGCCCCUGCCAGUGGCUGACCAGCAUAGCCCUCUGCUCUUCACGGUGCUCUGAGAGGACUAUUACAGCCCAGCUGCAAGUAGCUCUGUCCACGUCCUCGUCUGGCCGGCUUCACUUCCUAACCCUCUGCUUGCAGCACGUUAUGGCCUGUCUGGAGGUACUCACACUGAACAAAGGCCUCCAGGAGGUGGCCAGUGAUAGAGAGGACGCUGAGGCAGAGGCUUCUGAGGAAAGUGUAUUCCUUGCUGAGGCCUAACAGGCUUUCAGGAAGUCAGGAUGUCUUGUCAGUGAUAAGAAUGGUCCUGAUAGACUCUGUCAACGUUAAGUCCUCUCUUCAGCACAUCUCCUGGGAACCAACUACUGCGAGGACCCUUCCCACUCGGAGCACACCUGAGGAAGCUCUAGGAAAGACCUCCCUCCUCUCUGCUCCCUGUGGCGCUGAGCAUGGCAGGGGAAGGCCUAUUGUCUGGCCCCAAAGGGAACCUCUCGGCCUUGAUGAUGACCUCGGAGUAGGUACUGAGCAGCAGGGCCCAGGGCAUAUGGAGAAAGUGGGCCCUGCACUUGCUCAGCAGGUACAUCUGCCAGGGCUCAGGCUGGACACACCACUGCCUCCCUUCACCCCUACACUCCGUGCUCAUGGACACACAUGCAAACUGCUUCCAGAAAGCUUCAGAACUCAGCAGAAGCAGCACAACUGGGAUUAAACCUCAGGUUUCUAAGUGAAUCUGAGCAAGUCAAUGAAUAGUUCUCUGCCUCCAUCUCUCCAUCUGUAAGAUGGGUGUGAUGAUCUCAGUCUAGUUCUUAGUGACAAACCAGUCAAACUGCAGCCCUGCCUCCAUAGCUGAGGUGACAGCCAUGGGCAGUCCUUGUCCUCAACCUGACAGAGUGGCACUAUCACCUCUGGUGAAGUUGGGCAGAGCCCAUUCCCCAGGGAAAGCCUGGGGUGGAGCAGGUGUCAGGGGUAACCCAGCCAGUUCCCUUGCCUAUGGGUGGAGAUGGAAGACCACUGGGCGCAGAAACUUCCAGAGCUGAGCAAUCAUGACAGGAGGCCUCAGCCUUGGUAAGUCUGGACUCCCAGGGACUUUCUCCUCUUAUAAACCGAUUGUCAGUUUCAACAAGACCAGCAAGACGGCUGUGGCCCUUCACGACCCUUUCAGACUCAAGGGCAAGACCAGCCCUGCAACGAUGGAAGCCGAGUGCAGUAGGGGCUGAUGUCCCCAUCAGCAUUUCUCCUUUGUUUUCCUCUGUGGUCACAUCUAUGUCCCAAUGGAACUUUGGCAACGUUUGAACACCCUUCAGCGUUGCAACGUCCCAGCUGCUGCAGUCUUGUGGGCAGGACGCCUGAUGAGCCUGCUGAGAGAGGCCUUGCCAGGAGAACAGUGCCCAGGGCAGCAGGAGGACACCCUGGGAGCCAGAGGCCCAGUUGACUGGGCCCAGUCUCCGCUGAGGAGGGAAAGGCUCCAGGCCACAAUAACUUGCUUCUGUCUCCCUGACUGCCCAGGCAUAGGGUGGGUGUGGUAGCAUUUUCUUGUGUCCUAGCAGCCCAGGCUUGUGUGUACGGGGCUCCUAGUUUGUGUCUCAGCUUCAGGAGAGCUGUGAUGAGAGGGGGGAAUUCAUGCGACUGGUGAAAGAAGGAAGUGUGAGAUCAAGACUUUAAAAAAAACCUCUUCUACCUAAAAGGAGAUAAA